ACAAACCGACCACGUGUGUUGCCACAAAUGAUGCAGAGAAGUUGUCAGAGAAAGAUUAUUUACGAUUCUCCUUCGCAACGAACGCCAUGUGGGUUUCGUCUGCCAGUUGAAAACUCCCCACUAAUAAAUUUAGAAUCGUUUUUAAUAACCGACUGUUAUUGUUGUGUGAAAUAAAUUAUACAAUUGCGUGCUAGAUAUUGAAAGAAGCACACACAAGGUUAAAACUGAAUUACGUAAUAUUAAAUUGCAUUGAGAAUUGUGCUGUUUGUUUUGAUUGUUAGUUUUUCCCUGCAUGUCAUUUGAUGAUGGAUUGAUUAUGAAAACUAGAUUGAAGAGUUAGAUUAUCUUCAGUGAAGUUUAUUGCUAACUAUAAUGGGAAAUAUUCCUUUAGAUGUACGCUACAUAAAACGAUGAUCAUUGUUUGAAAUGAAUGAUGAUUGCAUUGAUAGUAUAAUGUGUGGCUUUAAUACUGGUACUAAAUUUACAUCGUGCUUUAAAAAAUCAAAAAGUUUCUGUGUAUAUUUAAAUUUGUGAAAACUGCACCAUAAUGCUUUGGAUUAGAAAUAGUUGCUUUGUUUUUAUGAAGUGCUGGUUGAUGAUGAUGAUGGUUUUAGUAAUCGUCGACGCUGGUGAAGAUGGAGGUUUUCUUUUGGACCCUCUUCCUACUGAAGACCCUGAACCUUCAACCACUCCUGUUUUUCUAGAAGAGCCUCAAGAUUCUUAUGUUAUUCGCAACAAACCAGCAACUUUAUCCUGUAAAGCCAGGCAUGCACUUCAGGUUUAUUUUGAAUGUAAUGGUCGGCUGGCAGAAAACAGACAGCACAGUUCUCAGCAAUAUGUGAAUCCAAUGACUGGUGUGAGGCAAGUGGAAGUGUCAGUGGAUGUAACACGUGGGGAUGUAGAAAAGAUCCUCGCUGGAGAUACUUAUAGUUGCUUCUGUUAUGCUUGGUCUUCCACAGGAAGGAUUAAAAGCAGGAAAGCUGUCAUCACUCUUGCUUCAAUUGAUGGCAGGUGGACCUCGUGGUCAUCUUGGUCAAGUUGCGGCCAAGACUGCAAGCAUUACCGUCGUCGAUCGUGUUCAAACCCAAGCCCAUCCAACGGAGGUCGUUACUGUGCAGGGAAAGAUGUCACCAUCUCAAAUUGCACAGGUGGAUUAUGCAGAGUUGGUAAAGAAAAGGAACCUGCUUUAUCAUAUGGCACAGAGGCUCAAGAAGAAGCUACUCCAGCAGAGACCGAACCUGAUGUUGCAUUGUAUGUGGGAGUAUUCGUUGCUGUGGCUGUUUUCGUGGUCGUAGUUAUAGCCAUGGUCAUGCUUGUACGUCGUAUCAAGGGUCGAGAUCCUUGCAUGUAUAGGGGAGCUGGUACAGAUGUUAUACCUGUUCAACCAGACUUGACUCAAACAGCUCUUGGAAACGGCCUCCAAAUUAAUGGGGGUUUUGGCGAAAAGUUAGUUACUCCCCUACUUUCUCACCACUUUCCGAUUCCUCCUAGUCCAGCACAAAGUAGAGCUCCUCUAUUAGAUGGACAGCAACAACAGAGGUCAUUGACGCCUAGCUCAACGGGAAAACCACCUCACUCAGGCUCAUGUCCCUCUGUAGUUUCGUCUUCAGCUUCCACUGCUUCCCAACCAUCUACCAUUUCAGACAAUGAGACUCCAUCAGGCAGGCAUUCAGUCACUUCAGCAGCGUUGCCUCCAAAUUUAGAUAUAGAAUGUAUAGCGUGGGGCACUGUUACAAAAAGUGGCGGUCGUAUUUCCAUACCUGGAUCCGGUAUAACUCUUACUAUUCCACCCGGAGCGAUUAAGAAAGGUGCCAAUGUUGAAGUGUAUAUUGCUGUUCUAAGAGAAGACAAAGACAGACCUCGUUUAUCAGAUAAAGAAACCAUUUUAAGUCCGGUGAUUCUGUGUGGGCCAUACGGUGUUCUUUUGAAGAAAUCAGCUAUUAUUACUUUCCAACACUGCGCUCUUCUCACAUCACAGAAUUGGAAGAUAUCAGUGCAUGCCAGUGAUAGUGGUACAGAAGAAGAAAACCCUGAAUGGCGGAAUGUUGUCACUCUCGGCCAAGAAACAAUCAACACUCCUCUAUACUGUCAACUAGAUGGUCGCCAGUGUCACGUCGUAACGGAUCACCUGUGCCGAUACGCAUUAGCGGGUGAGUCAGAUAACGAUGGCACUGAGUGGCACAAGAAAGCCCUAAAAUCCCUUGCCCUCGCUGCCUUUGCUCCCUCUCAAUAUUCUGCUGUGGAUUACAACAUCCGAGUGUAUUGUGUGGAGGACACCCGAGCUGCCUUACAAGGUGUUAUGCAGGUGGAACAGAGGCUCGGUGGCAAACUCUUAGACCGUCCAAAAUCUAUGCCUUUCCAAGAUGGAGGAGCAAACCUGUGCCUCUGUUUGGAGGAUGUUGCGCAAGGAUGGAGGUGUAAACCUGGUGCCAACUAUCAAGAAAUUCCAUUUCAACACGUUUGGAAUGGUCGACAGAACAAUCUUCACUGUUCAUUCACUCUAGAAAACGUUGACAGAUCUCAAAAAGUUCGAUGUCAUAUUCUAGUUUACCAGAGGGGUAUACAAGCUCACAGACAGAUGCUUAAAGUUAAUCCUCAAGAUUCUAGAGAAAAAACCAAUGUACCUAGCCCUACCCUCAACUGGACAAAUCAGCCCCUGAGUUCUACGGUGACGGCCAAUGACAACGGCUGCCCCCUCGUUGCCUUGGAUCAGCCAAUCGCAGGAUUCAGGCUAACAAAUCAAGCUCGAAAACAACUUCGAACGUUUCUUGAUCCCCCAAAUCUGAAUGGAAAUGACUGGCGAAGGCUAGCUCAAGAGCUUCAAGUUGACAGAUAUAUAAACUACUUUGCUACAAAACCCAGUCCUACUGAACACAUCUUAGACUUGUGGGAAGCAAGACACAGAGAUUCCAGCGCACUAACGGACCUAUUAAACAUACUAAGGAUGAUGGGACGUGAAGAUGCAGCAAUGGUGCUUGAAAAAGAAGCUGGCUCUUGGCUGUGACUUACGGGCAACUUUAGCAAACCUUGCAUUCUUUAAACUGCUAUUUUUAGACAUUGAUUGAACGAUUGGCAAGAGAAUUUGGCGUGAUUUGAUCAAAUAGUUAUGGCUUGAAGGGGUUAGAAGAGACAGUUAAUCGUGUAAAAUAAAAUUUGAAUUGAGACGUAUACGGAAUAGUAAGAGAGAUACCAGUUGUUAGAGAAACAUAAGAAGGUGAUUCUUCGUGGUACUGUGAAACUUACGCAGUGCGAGCAACUUCAAGAAUUAACUGCUUGUUUCGUUUUUAUUUUCGCACGAUUUUGUAUAUGAUUCCUUCUUUAAACAAGUGAAAGAAUGUCUUUUGACAGUUUGAACCACUGAUCUCGAAGAGAUUGCUGAAUUGCCUGAUAGAGAAUAAUCUCCAAUAAUAGCUUCUUCACCCCGCGAUUAGGCUUAGCAUUUCUAGUUGGACAAAUGUCUAUGAGCAUGGCUGCACGCCUUAUAAAUUAUUUUUAAAAUUACAAUUCUUUUUAUUAUGAAUGCAAUCAUGUUUUAGGCAAAUACUAGUUAAAUUUGACUUUGUAUAAGAAAUAAAUUUUAGUUGCUUUUCAUUUAUCGUUAUCGUCAAAAAUUAAGAAUUGAUCAAUCGUUCUGUGGAGUUAACACUUCCUAGAAAAGAAAGAAAAAACCUUCGCACGAAUCAAUUUAGUAGUCCGACGUGAUGAACAUUAAGUCUGUUUCACAAAGGCUCCGUCGAAAUAUGAAAUGAUGUUUUUUUGCGAAUAAUAUGCUAUUUUUAUAACUGCUGUGCGUUGGCAACAGUUACUCAUGACUGUUAGGUCUAGUUCAGCCUAUCUAAAACCAACGCUGUCUACGCUUAUUUUGAAAAUAGCCCAAAACGUCAAUAUGGAUAAAAUCCACAGUUUUGUGAAAAUAAAAAGAGAGCGUUUGUGGUCUAAUUUUUUAAUAUUUAAAAACUUACUCCAA